AAACUUAGAGAGAGAAAUAACACCAAUAAGAGAGAGAAACAAACACACACACUCUUUCUCUCUCUCUCUCUCUCUCACACACACACACACAUAGACGCUUGACCUCCCUUCCAAGCAAAUCAAAAUCCCUUUUUCCUACUUGAAGAAGACGGGUUCCCUCGCCAUAAUCGCCGGCUAGACACCAACCGGAAAAAAUGGCGUCCACACGAAAGUGUCUUACUAUGCUGUUUGUAUUGAGUCAACUCGCUGCGGCUGCAUUGUCUGGGAAACCCACCAACGCGACCACGCAAAUCAACUCCAAUUCUGUACUGGUGGCGCUGCUUGAUUCCCAUUAUACCGAACUGGCGGAGCUGGUGGAGAAGGCGCUCUUAUUGCAGACGCUUGAAGAAGCUGUUUCGAAUCAUAAUAUCACCAUUUUUGCUCCGAGAAAUGAAGCUCUGGAGCGGGAGCUUGACCCGGAAUUCAAACGGUUUUUACUUGAACCUCGGAAUCUUCAGUCUCUUCAAACGCUUCUCCUCCACCACAUCGUUCCUAGUCGACUAGGUCAGUCUGAGUGGCCGGAAAAGUCAACUCGUCACGACACACUCUCGGCGGAACCCAUACACCUCUCCAAUUUGGAUUCAAUGAAGCUCGCCGGCAAUGCGGAGGUUGUUCGGGUAGACGACGUUUUCCGACCCGAUGGAAUAAUUCACGGAAUUAGUCGUUUGUUGAUCCCCAAAUCCGUACAGCAGGAUUUCAACAACCGUCGGAGCUUACGUGCCAUUUCCGCCGUUAAACCGGAGGGUGCACCGGAGGUGGAUCCGAGAACAAAUAGACUGAAGAAACCGGCACCUCCGGUUCCCGCUGGAUCGUCUCCGGUGCUACCAAUUUACUACGCCAUGGCACCCGGUCCGUCGUUGGCACCUGCUCCCGCUCCCGGACCUGGCGGUCCACGCCACCACUUCGACGGUGAGAGCCAGGUGAAGGAUUUCAUCCACACGCUGCUGCACUACGGCGGAUACAACGAGAUGGCUGACAUUUUGGUGAAUUUAACGAAUUUGGCAACGGAAAUGGGGAAACUAGUGUCGGAGGGAUACGUAUUAACCGUUCUAGCACCUAACGACGAAGCAAUGGCGAAAUUGACCGCCGAUCAACUGGCGGAGCCUGGUGCGCCGGAGAGGAUCAUGUACUACCAUAUCGUGCCGGAGUACCAAACUGAAGAAAGCAUGUAUAAUGCUGUUAGAAGGUUCGGGAAGAUUCGAUACGAUACUCUUCACGUUCCUCAUAAGGUGGUGGCUCAGGAAGCCGAUGGAUCGGUGAAAUUCGGCGACGACGAGGAAACGGCGUAUCUGUUCGAUCCUGAUAUUUACACCGACGGUAGAAUAUCGGUUCAGGGUAUUGAUGGGGUUUUGUUUCCGGCAUCGGAGAAGACAGAAAUCACAAAAACCGUCGAUCAUGUUCAAGUCACACCCAAAUCUCGUAGAGGGAAAUUGGUCGAGAAUUCUCCCUUUCAUUCAUCACUUACACUUCAUCUGAUCUGCCAAUCAAAAGGGAAUGUAUAAAGACUUGAAAGGACAUGUGAGAUACAGUUAUGGUAUGCAUCAAACUCCAUGCUUUCUUUUUUUGUGGGGGUGUUAGUGGGUUGUUAUUUGUGUUUGUUUAAUGUGUAAGCUCUUUUAUUUGAUAAAAGAAAAGGGUAUAAUAGUCAUUCUCCAUUGGUAGUUGGAGAUGACAAUCAAAGAAUAUUUUUUUUGUAUUAUUAUUUUGUGCAUAGUGAAAUAAAUAAAGGAUUGGAUGGUGGUAAGGUGAGUUGUCUAACGUCUAUUUGUAUUGUUUGUUGCAAGUGUUGCGUCUAAGUUGUUUAAUCACAUUAAAAUGUGGAAAGAUAUAAAAUAAAGAAAAGGAAAAAGGUAC